AUGUCGGGACAGCCAUUCCAGAUUCAUGGCUUCCAAACCUCCAUCGAUGUUGCCCGCCAACAGGCCUAUGAUGUAGCCCCACUCGCCGGCCACAAGCGACUGCCAGAGCAUCCUCCAGAUGAAUCUUCUAAAGUCUCAGCCUUGAAACAAGGAGUGGCUUCUUCUACUCACUCUGCAUCCCUGGCGUCUGGUUCUGUUGAUUUCUCAAGUCCAUCGCUGACCCUACCUAAAAACCGAAUGGUCGCAAGCGAGAUUCAACCGGUUGAAGCCGCCAUCUUCCCAGGAGGCAGCCAACAGGGCCGGGCAGAUCAUUCCGUACCAGGCUCUAGUCAGAAUCCUCUAUUGUUUCUCAAGAAUCCUCGAUACAACCUGCCCCCAUCGCUAGUGGCUAAUUUUGCUGCCCUCGGCGUCACCAGUAUCUACCCGUGGCAGGCAUCAUGUUUGCUUUUCCGGGGGCUUCUUGAAGGGGAGCGGCAUCUGGUCUAUACAGCCCCGACCGGUGGCGGAAAGUCUCUGGUGGCGGAUGUGCUGAUGCUAAAGCGCAUCAUUGAGAAACCGUCUCGCAAAGCCAUCCUUGUGCUUCCCUAUGUCGCACUGGUGCAAGAGAAGCUCAAGUGGCUCCGACGCAUUGUGCAGGACGUAGAGAAGAAAGUUCCUGACGAUGACGAUGAGAUCACUCGGUCUAAGCCGUAUUAUCAGCGGUGGAAAAAGUUACAGAAAUCGAUUCGGGUGACUGGGUACUUUGGUGGCAGUCGCACCGCUGCCUCUUGGGCAGACACGGACAUUGCUGUCUGCACGAUAGAAAAGGCAAAUUCAUUAAUUAACACCGCUGUCGAAGAGUGCACUAUUGGAGAUUUGGGUGUGGUUGUGCUGGACGAACUGCACAUGCUUGAUGAUGAGCAUCGCGGGUACAUCCUGGAGCUGAUGGUCACAAAAUUACUGUUGUUGAGGCAGGAUAUUCAAAUCAUUGGCAUGAGUGCCACCCUCUCGAAUACAGAACUCCUGGCCGAUUGGAUGAAUGCAAAAUUCUUUAUUUCCACCUAUCGACCGGUUCCUAUCGACGAAUACCUCAUUUAUGAAAAUGCAAUCUACCCAGCUGCAACUUCCCGACAGCUGUUCCAGACCAUCACCCGGUUGCAGCAGACAAAGACAGCCUCUCUAACGGACACCAUGCCCCCGCAUCGUUUAAUACAGCCCUCAAAAUUUAGACAACUUGAGAAUCCUAUGACUAAUGCGAUGGUGGCCCUGGCUGUUGACACUGCUAUUGCCGGAUAUGGUGCCUUGGUGUUCUGCGGGAGCCGUCAAGGCUGCCAGAUCAGCGCGGCAAUCAUCAGCGAAGCAAUGCCCACGGUAUCUGAAAUUGAUGCUGAAGAACUGAGCAAAAGGUUGGAUCUCCUAGCGGAACUUAGAAGUCUACCAAGUGGCCUUGACCCAGUUCUCGAGAAUAUUACUCUAAAGGGCGUCGGAUUCCACCACGCUGGGAUGACUACCGAAGAGCGGGAGUUCAUAGCUCAAGCUUAUGACCAAGGGGUCUUGAAGGUCAUCGUUGCCACCUGUAGUCUUGCUGCAGGUGUCAAUCUCCCGGCAAGAAGGGUGAUUAUCAAUGGGGCACGCAUGGGCCGGGAACUCGUUGGACCAGCGAUGCUACGACAAAUGUGUGGACGAGCUGGUCGCAAAGGAAAGGAUGACGCCGGAGAGACAUAUCUAAUAUGCGGAAAGGCAGACAUACAAGCGGUUUGCGAUCUUCUUGAAGCUGAUAUGCCCGCCAUUGAGAGCUGUCUCGCCCCAGAGAAGAGAGGAUUAAAGAGGGCGCUUUUGGAAGCUAUCGCGACAGGACUGGUUUCUGGUUGCGAGGCGAUCAAAGAAUAUGUGAGGUGCACUCUCCUCUACCGGACAGUGGAUAAGAAACUCGCCUACACGAUUAUGGCCUCAUCGCUGCAGGAAUUGGUUGACGAAGAGCUCCUGAUCUUGAGGGAAGACGAAUCAUACGAGGCGACAAAACUUGGACAGGCCGUAGUUGCCUCUGCGUUUGCCCCCGAGGAUGGGUUGUUCGUUCACGAGGAAUUGAAACGUGCAUUGAAGGCUUUCGUCAUGGACGGUGAGAUGCAUAUCUUCUAUAUGUUCACUCCCAUCCAGGUGGCGAUGAAUAUCCAAAUCGACUGGCUGAUCUUUCGGGAUCAACUGGACAACUUGGAUGAGAGUGGACUCCGCGCGUUGCAAUUUGUUGGCGUGCAGCCGUAUUUUGUGAACAUGAUGGUGCAAACGGGAGGGUGGCUCAAGGAGGAGACUCCAGAACAGAUCAAACAAGCCACCAUCUACCGACGGGCUUACACGGCAUUCCAACUUCGUGACUUGAGUAACGAGGUUCCGUUAUCGACCAUCGCGAACCGCUACAACAUUCCUCGUGGAGCCGUUCAGACUCUCGCGCAGCAGUGCCAUGGCUUCGCGGCUGGAAUGGUCAAGUUCUGUCAGCGCAUGGAUUGGGGGAUGCUUGCCGCAGUUCUGGAUCACAUGCGUGAUCGAUUGGAAGCUGGAGCACGCGCCGACUUGCUGGAAAUGGCACAGGUCACAUAUGUGAAAGGCUGGACGGCAAGACUGCUUCGGGAAAAUGGGUUUCGGAACCUGAGAGCCUUAGCGGAGGCAGAUGCGAAGGACAUCGUUCCGGUUCUAAUGAUGGUGAAUCCACGCAAAACGCAAAAGAGUCAAUUGCACCCCUCAGAGGCAGAGCGCUACCGGAAAAAGCUGCUCGCCAAAGCUGAGAUCAUUGUGGCGUCUGCGACUAAGAUUUGGGAACGUGAGAUGCAAGUGGAUUUGGAAGAAUGA